ACUCGCAAUCUAAAUUAAGUGUUUGGUAAAAAUAACAUUCGAAUACUUUUUAUUUCAAAAUCACCUAAUUAACUAAGAAUAACAUUUACUUGAAAAAAUUUCUUAGUGAUGUUAAGUUUAAAUAAAAUAGCACGUAGUUCUAAAGUGUGGAAAAAUAAUCUAAUUCCAUCUGCUGAUAUACUCCAAAAGAGAAAUUCUACUUCUUAUGAACAUGGAUUAAAAUAUGGUGAUGGAGGAAGAAAUUCAUUUAAUGGCUCAAUUGUAACUGUAUUUGGUGCAACCGGAUUUUUGGGAAGAUAUGUUGUUAACCGAUUAGCUCGUAGAGGAACGCAACUGAUAAUUCCUUACAGAGGUGUAGAUGAUGAAGUUCGAAAUAUUCGUUUGAUGGGAGAUCUUGGGCAGAUAAAGUUUUUUAAUUACAAUCUUCGAGACUAUGAAUCUUUACUUAAGACUAUGACUCAUUCAAGCACUGUUAUUAACUUAGUAGGAAAGAAUUUCGACACAAGGAAUUUCACUAUGUCAGAUUGUAUAGUAACUGGUGCCGCUGACCUUGCUAAAGCUGCUAAAGAAAGCGGUGUCAAAAGAUUUAUUCAUGUUUCUGCAUUAGGAGCUGAAGGAAGUUCUCCUUCACAUUAUUUACGCUUAAAGUCACGUAGUGAGCGAUGUGUUUCAGAUGCAUUUCCUGGUGCUACUAUUAUGCGACCAGCUCCUAUGUAUGGAGAUGAAGAUAGUUACUUUAAUAGAUAUGCAUAUUUCAGAAACUUUCCAAUUGGAAUACCUUUAGCCAAAGGUGGUUGGGAAACUAGAAAAAGACCUGUUGCUGUUUACGAUGUUGCACGUGCCAUUGUUCUAGCCACUCAUGAUCCUACUACUGCAAACAAAACUUAUGAAUUAUAUGGACCUGAAGAAUAUUACCUUCAUGAUAUUGUCAAGUUUAUAUACAGAAUGAUUAAAAGACCUUGUCGAAUAAUUCCUGUUCCUCAAUCUUUAUAUGAACUUGCUGGAUACAUUGGUGAAUUUUCACCAUUUGACAAAAGAAUUACCAAGGACUUUGUGAUUCGGCAAUUCUUAAGUGACGAUGUUCUGGAAGAUGCAUUUACAUUUGAAGAUCUUGGAAUAACACCAGUUAAUGUUAAUGAUGCAGCAUUAAAUAUUUUACGUCGCCACCGACACUACUACCAUUACUCAGAAAUCAUGAAAGAAGAAGAAUUUAUUAAACCAAUUCAACAGUAACAUUCAAAAACCAAUGUGUAAAUAAUGCAAUUUAAUAUUGACCUUCAUCCCACUAAAAUUAAUAUUUUUUUUGGGGGUUGGAAUUUUAAAUAAAUAUUAUCUCCACAAUA